AUGAAUGAGCCGGACGAUGACCUCUCCUCCAGGUCGCACUACGCGUUUCUGGCAACGAUGUUGCCAAGAGACUUCGGAGUGCAGAUCGACCAGUGUCGGUUCAUCGUAGGCGACAACUGCUCGGUCAACCGUUUGCUAGCAAUGCUCAUGGGGUACCUCUUGUUGGGCGCUGAUGGUCAAGUUGAGGACGCUCACUCAAUCCGCCAAGUUUCGGACACCCGCUGGAGUUCUACUUUUGGAAUGUUGAAGCGCUAUUUCCAGUUGCUCGAAUUCUUGGAUGCAGAAGAUGACGAUAUCAUGGAGGUCCUGCCCUCGCCUACGUCAAACAAGCGCCUCCGAGCCUUGUUUAAGGAGCUCAAGUCGGUAGAAUCCGUCGCCAAGGCUCUCCAAGGUCGCGAUGUGGAUUUGCUGGAUGUCAGGCAGUGCCCUGACUUUGAGUCAGUGUGUGUUCGCGUUCUGAGGGGACGGCAGAACCGCCUAACGCGUGCGGAGAAGACUGCCCUCGGCCCUUUUGUAAAGCUGGCGGGGGACGCAACGGUGGAAUCGGACAACGAAGAUCUUUCGUUUGUCGAACGGCAUCGUAAGCGCCGCCGGAUUGCCGGACGCGCUGUUUCCUAG